AUGCGUGAUGACUCCAGAAAGCGCAUCGUCGAGUUGCCUGCCAAGGGGGUCACUGUUGAUACACCGCACUUUAUACCUGCAGAACAAAAGACAUAUAACUCUAUUUACAAUGCGGCAAAGCGGAACUUCGAUCAGCUCGAUGUGAAAGGGCUCAUAGGACAGACUAAACCUUCUGGAUACUCCAAAGAUGGAGCGAUUGAUGCGGACACCUUGAUGAAUGACAUCUCAGAACAUGAUUUGUCGAGUGCCAACCUUGACAUGUCCACUGAUGCAGGAUGCUCAAUCUGCCUCGAAAUCGCAACCGUCACAGUCAAG